UGAGGGUAUUCUUAAGGGGCUAAAGUGUAAUAUGGGGGGUAGUAUAAGUAAUAGAGAAUAAGGCAUGUUAGAGAUAGGAUUGAGUUUGUUAGAUCGAUUAGGGCUCCUGCGUUUGUGCAGUGAGAGAGGGCGUAGCCCUGGGAUCACUUCGGUGAUUGCUUAUCUUCGAUUUGUAUUUCAGUUCAGUUUAUCGCAAUUAUCAUAUAUCGAUUCCUAUCAUUGGUCCGACCUGCCUACUCUGCUCUCCUUCAUCUUCAAUUUCCGAUCUAUCUUCCAUUUUCGGCUCUGUGUUUCAAUCUGCUUGCCUGCCUCUCUUCGCUGCUUCAAUUCCAUCAAAUUCCGGUCACAAUUUCACCUCUGAUCCAAUUUUUGGAUCUGUGUCCUGCCGUUUCAUUCUAUCAUGGAAACCCUAGUUCAAACCUAUCGAUUGGAUGCUCAGGAACAGCAGAUCAAACAACUUCAAGGUGAUGUUGCUAAAAUCAAAACCUCUUUGAAAUUGUUAGAAGAAGAACUUGUUGAAUCCAGGGAGUUUCGAAAGGUGGUUCUCAAUUGGAUGCACCAUCAGGAUUCGAGAUCUAAUUCCAGAUCGAUUUCACAAUUUCCAGACUCGUCUUCAGGUUCUGUUUCUCCACCUUCUUUCUCAGCACAAUUGGAGGCGUUCAUCGCCAGAUCUGAAGCACGCUUGGGGAAAUCGUUACUGCAUACUGGAUGUGGCUCCAAAUCUAGGCCAGAGAGUAUUAAUUGGGCCUUAUCAACUGCUGAAAACACGUUUGUUCCUGACCGAUUUGAAGAAGCUUCAGCCGACCGUGGCCAUUUGCUGAGGAAUAUUCAUUCGGAUUCAAGUUUUUCAGGCGGUUCUGCAGAUCCUUUGUUCAGAUCUCCGUCUCUUCCUUCUUCUCCGUCCUUAUGCAUUCAAUUGAAGAAUAUCAUGUCCAAAUCUGGAGAAAACUCACUUGGCGAUGGCCUUUUGAUGUCGCAUAGAGUUAAUGGACUCCUAUUGGACAACCUACAAGGGAUGUUGGGCUCAGAACCACUGGUGGGCCACGAUGUGGAGCUGAAAACAGUUGUGGAUUUGGAUUAUCCAGAUUUGGGCCAAAGUGUGGAGCAAACAAUGGUUGUGGGCCUGAUUUUCUCCGAUUUGGACUUGUGUGAGAGAGGAAAAGCUCCAUUUGACAGGGGAAAGAAUUCAUUGUCUCACCGACCUCUCAUUGGAACGCGAUUGACGUUUUCGGCUACAUGGAAUUUAUGGGUCGUGCAUGGGCAGCCUCGACCGCCAGACGUCGCAGCCAAUCCCAGUCUUGAGGACAAGACUGUUUUGAAGGGGGGAGUAAUGAUGGGAAUCAGCUAUGAGGGUAUUCUUAAGGGGCUAAAGUGUAAUAUGGGGGGUAGUAUAAGUAAUAGAGAAUAAGGCAUGUUAGAGAUAGGAUUGAGUUUGUUAGAUCGAUUAGGGCUCCUGCGUUUGUGCAGUGAGAGAGGGCGUAGCCCUGGGAUCACUUCGGUGAUUGCUUAUCUUCGAUUUGUAUUUCAGUUCAGUUUAUCGCAAUUAUCAUAUAUCGAUUCCUAUCA